GCUGGUUCCUGGAACAACAAACACAGUUUCUGCUGGGCAGGGAUAACUUCAGUAAUUUCCUGAACUUCAUGGGUCACCUGUCCUACCAGUGUGAAAAGCUGCUGGGGGACAGACAGAUGCUAGCCUUCCUUCACAGGGAACAAUAUGACUUGGCUGUCAUCGAUGCCUUCAACCCCUGCUCCUUCAUCCUGGCACACAAACUUGACGUCCCGUAUGUUGCUUUCUACCCCGGCACUUUGAAUGGUCCACUGUCCAUUGCCCUCCCAAGCCCCAUCUCCUACAUCCCCGUCUUCAACUCCCAGCUCUCAGACCACAUGGACCUCUGGGGUCGUGCCAAAAACCUACUCUUUUCUCUCCUGGCUCCCAAGGGCCAGGAACUGGUGUGGUCUAAGUUCAGGGAGGUAGCAGAUUGUCACUUGGGAGCAGGCUCGCCCCCUGGUGGUCUGGAGGACUUAUAUCAGGGUGCUGAGCUCUGGCUCUUCAACACAGAUUUCUCCCUGGAGUUCCCUCAGCCUCUGAUGCCCUACACGGUGUUAGUAGGAGGCCUACUGAACAAACCUGCUAAGCCUCUGGAACAGGACUUGGAGUCGUGGAUUUCAGAUCAUGGAGAAAAGGGUUUCAUCGUGGUGGCCCUGGGGUCCAUGGUAGCCUCAAUUUCUGUGGACCAUCUUCUAGUAGAGCUGACUACUGCCUUCUCCAAGGUCUCCCUGCAGGUCAUCUGGAGGUAUGACCCCCAGCGAUGGCCGUCUCACCUGGACACACCUCCCAACCUCAGGCUGGUGGCCUGGCUGCCUCUGAAUGACCUCUUAGGCCACCCAAAAGCCCGUCUCUUCAUCACCCACGGUGGUCAAAACAGCCUGCUUCAGGCCGUGUAUCAUGCUGUCCCCGUGCUGGGCAUCCCUCUGUUUGGAGACCAGUUUGAUAAUGUGGUGAGGGCUGAAGCAAAGGGCCUGGGCCUCACCAUCAAACCCACACACAUCACAAGAGAGCUGCUACACUCCACUAUUCAAACGCUCAUACACGAGGACAGGUACAAAUCUUCAGCUGUGUCACUCAGCAAGAUCCACCAGUCGCAUCCGGUCCCUCCUGCCCUCCGACUUGUUCAGUGGGUGGAGCACAUCCUCCACAAUGGAGGCGGGUCUCACCUGAGGCCCGUCGCCCUGACCCAGUCCUGGUACCAGAGAUGGCUUCUGGACAUAGCGCUUCUCUUCUCCCUGGCACUGCUGGGGCCUGUGCUGCUCUGCUGGGUCUUAUGUAGAAACAAGAAUGGUAGGGAUAAAUGCAAAAAACUACAAUAGUGACAGAAACCCUACUCGCAGACACUACUCACAUCUACACAUCAGGUUGCAUUUUUGUUUGUUUUUCUCAGGUGCUGAAUUGUGUAUUGUAGGGCUCUGUUCAUGAUCAUAUUUUAUUUCCAAACACAGCUUCUUGCUGCAUAUUAGGUUCUAUAUGAUAAGU